CUGGCGCGGAUGCCACCGUCGCCAGGGCAACGCCGCUUUACUGGGCCCAACGGAUUACGCGGCCUGGGGCUGCAGGCAGCCGCGUGGCCUCGUGGGCAGCGCUAGCAGCAUGGACAGUCUGUACGUGGAGGAGGUGGCCGCCUCCCUGGUCAGGGAGUUUCUUAGCAGAAAGGGUUUGAACCAGACGUUCAUGACCAUGGAUCAGGAGCGCCCCCGCUGUGAGCUGAGCAUCAACAGCAGGAAUGACCUCCGCAGAGUUCUACAUCUGGAGUUUCUCUACAAGGAGAACAAGACAAAAGAAAAGCCUCUGAAAACAAACCUGGAACUCAUUACCAGAUACUUUCUGGAUCAUUUUGGAAAUACAGACAGCACUGAAAGUCAGGAAGCCCCGAUCCCUGCAAUCCCUGUUCCAAAGAAAAACAGCAAAUUGCCUUUGCGAUACCCAGAGGCCACACUGGUGAAUAUAUACGACCUUUCAGAUGAAGACACAGGAAGACGGACAUCAUGGUCAGAGACAGGCAAAGCCAGGCAUGACAAUCUGGAUGGGGACAUAUUUGGUAAUUUCAUGUCUUCAAAAAAAAACCCAUACAAAAGUAAGCCUGCGCACAUGGUCCUGGGUGACAGCCUCCCUUUGGUUCCUGCGUGGGAGAAGGUGGACCAGCUUCACUCACCAGAGCCUGGCAUAGAUAUGAAGAGGACAGUGGAGAGGACCAGGCCGAAGUCUGGCCUGAUUGUCCGAGGCAUGAUGGCCGGGCCCGUCGCCAGCUCCUCGCAGGACUCUUUCCGCAAACGCUCUCUGCGACGGUCCUCGACUUUGAGCAGGAAGCUCCAAUCUCCAGAGGAGAGCCAGCAGCAGCCCGAGCCAUUUGUUCACACCCCAGCCUGUCCAGGACCACAGGAGGUCUCUGCUUCCAGCAGUGACUCCUUCUCCAGGAGUCCCCUGGGUCAGCUGAAUGAACUGUCUAUAGAGAAGCCAAAUGCUACUCCUAGCAGCCAAGGGCCAUGCCAGAGGGACAGGCCCAGGCUAAGAAGUAUUUCAGAGGACAGCCCACUGGGGUACAGCCACACAGAAAUCAUCACGACACCUUUGAGGCUGGACUUGCCUGACGGGAAUUCCAGGAUGCCCCAGGAACGGCUAGAAAGAGCAUUCAAGCGGCAAGGCGGUCAGCCCCCGUCUCUCAGGAAAAGUCAGUUGGUGUCUGACAGGACGGGUGAUAAGCCAGACGCCCUGCAGCUGGAGGAUGUUGAAGAUGAACUGAUAAAGGAAGACAUUGUCCUGUUCCCACCUCCGUCAAUGCUCAAGCUUCUAACUGUGUCCAAGCCAAUUGACCUCUCUCUGGCUAAGGAGAUAAAGACCCUUCUGUUCGGCUCUACCUUUUGCUGCUUCAGUGAAGAAUGGAAACUUCAGAACUUUUCCUUCAAUGACAUUGCCUCGUUAAAAUACGGCAUUGUGCAGAACAAGGGUGGUCCCUGUGGGGUUCUGGCAGCUGUUCAAGGCUGUGUGCUUCAGAAACUCCUGUUUGAAGGAGAUAACAGAAUCAACUCUAAUCUCCAGCUGCAGCCCUCAGAUGCCCAGAGGACUCGCUGCCUUGCCCUGGCCAUUGCAGACAUCCUGUGGCGAGCUGGAGGCAAAGAGCAAGCCGUGGUUGCACUGGCUUCAGGAACACCGCACUUCAGUCCAACAGGGAAAUACAAAGCAGACGGAGUCUUAGAAACACUCACACUGUAUAGUUUGACCAGCUCUGAGGACCUGGUGACUUUUCUCCAGCAGAGCGUUCAUCAGUUUGAAGCGGGACCCUACGGUUGCAUCCUGCUCACCUUGUCUGCCAUCUUGUCCAGAUCCCUAGAGCUUGUCCGCCAGGACUUCGAUGUCCCCACCAGCCAUCUCAUUGGAGCUCACGGAUACUGCACACAGGAACUUGUCAAUCUUCUCCUGACCGGGAGAGCCGUGUCUAAUGUUUUCAAUGAUGUAGUGGAGCUGGACUCAGGCGAUGGGAACAUCACGCUGCUCCGAGGCAUUGAGGCACGCAGUGACAUCGGUUUCUUAUCUCUCUUUGAACACUACAAUGUGUGCCAGGUUGGCUGCUUCCUGAAGACCCCAAGGUUCCCCAUCUGGGUGGUCUGCAGUGAGAGCCACUUCAGCAUCCUCUUCAGCCUACAGCCAGAGCUCUUGUGCGACUGGAAGUCUGAGCGGCUCUUUGACCUGUAUUAUUAUGAUGGCUUGGCCAACCAACAGGAGGAGAUACGGCUGACUGUUGAUACCACCAAGACUGCCCCAGAGGACAACUGCAGCGACCUUGUCCCUCCUCUUGAGCUGUGCAUCAGAACCAAGUGGAAGGGGGCAUCUGUGAACUGGAAUGGCUCAGACCCCAUCCUGUGACCCUUGGAUACAUGGAGUUCUAUGGCUUCAGCACUCAUCACUGGGAUGACCCCUGGACCCCAGGUUUUAGGGUCAUGUCUCUUAGAGGAGUCACCCUGCCAGAGUUUGCAUGGCCACAGAGGCAUGUGGAGUCUUCCAGUUCCUUCCAUAAAGGGCUGUGGUAGGGUCCUGUGCACUGCUGAUGUCCCUCCUGGCCCAGCUGUGACUGCCAAAGACAGGAAGGAGGCCACCAGAGACUCUGCUGCCUUUCGUUUGCAUCCCUCCUGGAUAGACCUCUCUCUAAGGCCUCUGGUGUCACUGGCCUUGGGGACUCUGGAGCCUUGUUACUGCAGCUUCCAUAAAGCAACAGUCAAGCCUAUGACCAGGGCCAA